AUGCAGGCUCCAAAGCUCAUCAAACUACCCGAGGGUCGACAACUUCACGUUGCCGAAGAUGACGACCAUCUGCUGAAACUUCAAGAGUCGCAUACCGAUCCCCAAUUCAGCUUUACUGUUCACGGGUCUGCAGACCAUAUAAGUGCUCUUCAUGAUUCGAAAAAGUACCACCUCGGUUUAAAGGAUGCGCUCCGUAGUAAACACCCGGAAAUUUUCGAAGAAAUGGAAAAGCUACAGGUUCAUAUGGAGGAGCUUUCCGGUGAGCUUCAUGCCCUCACACAGUAUGAUGUCCACCUGGAGGCGAACUUUGGCAAGUUUGGCUACUCUGCCAAUCUCCGGACCCAUUUGCCCGGUCAAAAGGUGCAUGAGGAGAAGGAGGAAACUUCGACAGUCAUCCGAGUAUGGAAGCGCCCUGUUAUCCGUCAGUAUUUCCACAAGGGACUGCUGUGGAGGGCUAAAGAGAAUGAAGAGGUGGCUAGCUUUGAACUCUUUGUCGAUCUACUCUAUGUUGGUAUCCUCGCCGUCCUUGGUGAUAGAGCAUCCGAGGAACCCUCCGCUAAUGCAUUUCUCCGUUUUUGCAUUGCAAUGAUCCCUUCAUGGAAAUUAUGGAAUGAUAUUGGUUUACUUGUUAGCUGGUUCGAGGCAGACGAUCUUGUCCAGCGCGUCAUCGUGCUAUUUAUACUUUCUUGCUUGUUCGGUUUCACUACCAAUAUAUUUCUUUCCGAAACUAUCACAUACACGCAAAUGAUAGCCUUCUAUCUGGCCGCUCGUUUGUUCACUGCCGUUACCUUUAUUAUCGGUGCACUUCUGCUGCCAAUGGUGAAAGCUACCCUAUACGGGAAUUCGUUAGCAAUAUUGAUCCCCUCUGCGCUCUGGAUUGGUAGCAUUUAUGUAGAGGAGCCCAACAGGCAAGCCUUAAUCUGGAUCGCUAUAUUCCUAGACUUUUCACUCCCUUCAAUUCUCGUAUGGGGAAUGCGAGGUAUAAGCUUCAUCCCACAAAAAUGGAACGAGAAAAUCAAAGGCCUUUUCGAGUUUUACCCCGCCCUGAAUAUCGAACACAAGGUUGAACGAACGGGGGCUUUCGUUUCACUAGUCUUCGGUUAUUCUGUUGUCGCUCUCCUCUAUCAAAAUGCUGCCCAUUUUGGUAUGAAUGCGUUUUUGGGUAAAGCCCUUUUGGGUCUUCUCCAGGCUUAUUGCUUCAAUACUAUUUAUUUUGACAUUGAUGGGUCUGGUCACGAGCUGCAUGCAAUCAGGCGGAAAGUCUGGUCCUCGUUUCUUUGGGUCAAUGCCCAUUUAUUAUUCGUCCUCGCCUUCACCAUUGGUGGAUCUGGAUUGUCAAAAUUGGUUCUUGCACACGAGUCACAGGACACAGAUGUACACGAUCUUUUCCAUGUUUACGAAGAGAGGAGCUUCGCACACGUCGAGGAUAGCUUGAGAUGGUUCUAUUGUGGUGGCUUAGGUAGGCAACCCUUGAAAAGACGCCCAUCUUUAGAUGAUAUGCCGGAGACUUACUCGAUCAUAUUUAUAGCUGUGGCACUGUUUAGCAUGUCACUGAUAUCUAUUUCUCACCUCCACAAAACACUAUACACGCAAAAGAUCGCUAAAAAGUACCGCCUUGCGUAUAGAUUGUUGGUUUGCAUCGUAUGGCUUUGUCUGCCAGCUGCGCAUGAGCACCUUAAUUCUCUCCAUCUAAUAUCAAUUACGGCCGGUAUGACUGUCUCAAUUGUUGCUCUGGAGGUAUAUGGAACUAGCUGCAAGGGCGAUGACAUGUUUGGCAUAAGGAAACCAUGCGCUGCAUAUGUUUGUGAUGCUGAAGUGGAAGGGCGCCAGGAAGAGACAAAUGGGGGGCCUACAGGUGCUGACCCUGAAAAGGGCGUUGAAAAAGGCGAUUAUGUUCUAAGAAAUAUCUAUGUCGAUGUGCAGUGA